AUGGGCGCCUGCGCGUCUACGGGUGGCCGCGGCCGCACAUCGUCAGAUAGUCCCACCACGCCUUCCCCCGCCAUCACUAAGCAGCAUCGCAAGGCGGAUCGAUCGCAAAGAAAAGCUAGCAAAAACGCGAAGCAGAAUGCGUCGAAGCGUCAAUCAGUGUUAAGCCUGCCACCGUCGAAUACUCGACUCGAGAGCAACUAUUUGAUAGGUCGCGAGAUCGGUCGCGGAUUGUACGGCGUGGUUCGCGUGGUGAUGGACAGGAAGACGCACGAGCGCUUCGCUUGCAAGACGGUCGACAAGCGCCGCAUGUCGCAGGAGCAGCUCGCGCGUCUCCGCACAGAGUUCGACAUUCUCAAGCGCGUAUCAACACACCAAUCCGUAGCAGCCCUUGUCGACCAAUACGAGGACUCCACGUACAUGCAUUUCGUCCUGGAGCUCUGCACGGGAGGGACAUUGUACGAUGUCCUCACGACGGCCUCUAUCGCGGACGAUGCCUCCGCUGCGGUAGAUCGCUCUGAGAGCAGCACCAGUCCUGCUGCGGCCACAACCAGCACACGCAGCAGCAGCGGAAGCACCGCCAGCCGCAGCAGCAGCAGUGUCAGUGGGAGCGCAUCGUCGAAGCGGAUGAGCGAGGCGCGGGCGAAGCGGGUGAUGCGGCAGCUGGCAGAGGCGGUAGCGAGGCUGCACGCGGAGGGCGUGGUGCACCGCGACCUGAAGCUCGAGAACAUCGCUUUUAUGGACGCGCGGGACGCUGGAGAGGGCGCGUAUCAUCCUGAUGGCAGCACACACCGUGGCACGACCAGCAGCCGCAGCGCAAGCGCAAGCAGCCGCCAUUUCCCCAGCAUUGGCAGCGCCAGCAGCUUGGCUUCUGAGUUGAGCGGCAGUGAGGCUGACAGCGACUGCACGGGUUCCAUGGCGGCCUCCUCCGCGCCCUGCUCCCCCGCCUUCUCCGCGCCCUGCCCUCCCCUCAAGCUCCUCGACUUUGGUCUGUCCACGUGGCACAGGCCAGCUGACGGGCAGCGGUUGACGGAAAUUGCGGGGACGGCGUACUACGUGGCGCCAGAGGUGCUGAGGAAGCAGUACGGCAGCGAGUGUGACGUGUGGAGCAUGGGGGUCAUUCUUUACAUGAUGCUCACUGGAUCGCCACCCUUCUGGGAUGUUUCGGAAGAGGCGAUCUGCUCUGCCGUGUUGGCAGGCCACUAUGACAUGGUCAGUGCACCAUGGCCAUCCAUCUCACCUGGUGCCAAGGACCUCGUCAGGCGCAUGCUGCAGACUGACCCGUCCAAGCGAAUUACAGCAGCCGAGAUUCUUGAGCAUGAGUGGAUCUGCUUCUAG